UUAUAAGCGCGCGCGGCGUGCUCUGCCGCACAGCGUGACCGGCGCCCGAGAACGACGCUAGAGCGUGCGGUGCGACAGCGACACGUCUGCGGCCCGCUUCACUCUCUCGCCGAUACCGCUACCGCGUCUUGACCGUGUCGCGCGACUCUGUGCCACUCGUUGCUAUACCGUGAUACAAACCCCGAAGAACGCUCCCGUGUUGCCGUGCUGCAGAUCGCUCAGCUAGCGGCGACCGCAACCGCGCUCUACACGCACGUUGUUGGCUGCAUGCAAAGAUAUAAAGAUGUUGUUGCGGCGGGUUGUGUCGGCGCUGCUGGCGGUGGCGGCGGGCGCAGCGCUGUGCGGGCGCGCGGACUCGGCCAGCGUCGCCAUGAAGCUGUGUGGCCGCAAGCUCGGAGAGAUCCUCAGCCGUGUGUGCAGCGCCUACAACAGCCCCGCCUGGGAUGUACCCACAGUGGUCGAGCAGACGGCGGGGGUGGUGAGGCGACGGCGGGAAACCGGUAUCGUAUACGAAUGCUGCACGCAGGGCUGCACUUUGGAACAUCUCACGGAGUACUGCGCCACUACCAUUAAAGUCACUUCAGAAACCUCGGUGGAUUCGCACAUGAUCGAGGAUCGCUCUGCGGAGUCGACGGGCUCGCGAUCGGCAGGGUCUGCGGGGGCUACGGGGAUGGCAACAGCGGCGCGCGCGCCUGCGGCGGUAGGCAGCGAUGUGUACGCGGGGCCGCGCGAGGUGGGGCGCGCUGCGAGCGGGUACGGGCGCGCGGGCUGGCGCCGCCGAUGUCGGUGCCGCGGCCGACGCUCACGCCGGCGGCGCCCAACCCUCAUGGGUAACAUGCACAUCAUAAAAGGUGCAGCGCGCGCUGCGCCCGUGGUGGGCACCGUGUCACCACUGCUGACUUGGGGCAGAACCCUAAACACUGACUUGCCAACGGUCGACAACGAUCGCUACGCAUAUGUUAUAUAUGCGUAAAUUAGAACAUCAAAUGCUAAUGCUCGGACCAGAUGAAAAAUCUACAGAGCGUAUACAAAUUCAAGUGGGUACUUUGAAGAAGUUUGUGACGGAUCGAACAAGAUAAUAUAACAGAUAAAGCGAGGAAAUUGAGUUAUCGUCCAAGUGUUUAAUAUUUAUGUGUGCAUUUAUGUUGAUGUUGUAAUCUGUUUGUGAGUAUAUUUGUAAGAAUUUAGCUCAUGAAAAUCUCAUGUAUAGCUAAUGAUCUUCUGGAAAUGCUUUUAAUUGCUGUAUGAUUGUCUUUGGAAUUUUAAGCUUGUUUUGAAACAUGAUACUGCAGCUAGUCAGAGAGCAGAUAAAAAAUGUAGUAAAAUAACAUCGAUUUAAUUAAUAAAAAAAUUAGGCGAUAUUUCAAUAUUUUUAAUAUUUUAUCAAGAUGCACCUGUAAAAAUGAAAUGUUUUUGUACAACUUUGUCUUCAGAGAAAACACACAGUCUAAAGGCCACUUUGACCAUAUGAAUAUUUUGUUCUCUCAUAAAAUGUAUUAAAUUCGAAUGUAAGGAACUAACACAUUUCUUGGAUAUGUCAUAACAAGCUUUUACGUAUCUUGUACCAUAAUUUAAUCAUUUGUAUUUAUUUAUUUACUUUAUAUGUCGUUUAAUACAUCACCUAUGUCAUAAUAGC